CCAUGACUCGGGUUCAAGCCUUGCCCAAACAAGUGCCAUACCUCCGAGAAAACGGCGCGCUGAUGAAUAUCAAGAGCCACCUGCUCAAACUAUGGAACAUCAGCAGUCCAUCACCGAUGAGGAGACACCUUUCACUGAGGUGAUUUACAAGAAGACUCGCAAGGCUGGCAUUCCGGUGUUGUUCAAACUCAAUGAUCCAUCCCAGUCGUUCUGGAAGGUCAACCCUAAUAAGUUGGCGCAAGAAAUCGUCGCAACAUCCCAAGAGAAAGUCCUGUCUCAACGAAUUGACAAAAAUGGAGGACUAACUGUCACUGUGGCGUCCGCCGAAGCAGCGAAUAAUUUGCUAAAACUAAACGCCCUCGCGGGAAUCAAGGUGGAUGUCGUUGUACCACAGUCGUACUCGAAAAAUCUGGGGAAAAUCUGGGGUGUGCCACUUGACUACAGUGAUGAUCAACUCGGUGAAUACCUACGAGACGACGGAGUCAUUUCUGCACAACGACAAAUGAAGUACACUCGACGGGAAGAUGGUCCCGUAACAAAACAUCCACUGACAACAGUAAUCCUUAAAUUUCGUGAAGACCUACAACUACCUGCACGAAUCAAACUAGGAUUCCACAGCUUCCCCGUGCAAGAACACUGCGAGGCACCAACUCAAUGUUACAACUGCCAACGAUAUGGCCACCUGGCUCGCGACUGCCGCAGCUCCCGUCGCUGCAAGAUCUGCGCAGGUCCUCAUCACCACAAAGAAUGCCCGACACCACGUGAACCGCAAUGCGCAAACUGCGGCUCGCGCCAUGUAUCAACCUAUGCAGGCUGUAUACGAAAACAGGCGGCGCAUGCUGCUAAGAAAAAUGAGCUUUUUUAUGGCAAACCUACUCCACGGAAAGCUCCAGCUCCUAAUCCGGAUGUUAUUAAGGCAAGUGACAAAAUGACCACGCAAAAUCAAACAUCACGGCCUACCUUUUCCGACGUUCUGCAAGGAAUUCCAAGCGGCAGCAACACAACACUAACAGAAAACAAGACAAGACAAGGAAGUUCCCACGUCAUACCACCAAACCCAAAAGCAACUGCAGAUACCGAAGAGGAAGUACCUUCCCAUCUGGAUAAUCGACGCCGCACUAGUUCUAGAACCGCGCAUCACAUUGAGUCUGCCCAUCCAGAUCAAGAAAGCAGUGCAAAAGGCAUCCUUCACAUGUUCCUACCUCUCAUGAUGGAAGUCAUAAAAGAAAUCAUCAAAGAAUACCCGAAAAUCGGUUCCAAAUCAUCCAUCAAAGCUCUGUUGGCCAUGGAGUCACUUCUCAACGGCAUUCAAUGA